AUGUAUCCGAAUCUACUGAUUGACAAUUGGUUUGGUUUGACUACGGUCGCUGUUCUAGGCGUCUGCUUAUCAUUCAACAUUGAUGUGAAAAACUCAAUGAGUUUCAGCGGUCCAGUGGAGGACAUGUUUGGAUACACUGUUCAACAGUAUGAAAACGAAGAGGGGAAAUGGGUGCUUAUUGGCUCUCCUCUAGUUGGCCAACCCAAGAACAGAACUGGAGAUGUCUACAAAUGUCCAGUUGGGAGAAGUGAGUCAUUGCCUUGUGUAAAAUUGGAUCUACCAGUUAAUACUUCAAUUCCCAAUGUCACAGAAGUAAAGGAGAACAUGACAUUUGGAGCAACUUUAGUCACCAACCCCAAAGGAGGAUUUCUGGCAUGUGGUCCCUUAUAUGCCUAUAGAUGUGGACAUUUACACUAUACAACUGGAAUCUGUUCUGAUGUCAGUCCCACCUUUGAAGUUGUGAACUCCAUUGCUCCUGUACGAGAAUGUAGCACUCAAUUGGAUAUUGUCAUAGUGCUUGAUGGUUCCAACAGUAUCUACCCCUGGGAAAGUGUGACAAAUUUUUUAAAGGACCUCCUUGAAAGAAUGGAUAUUGGUCCUAAACAGACACAGGUUGGAAUUGUACAAUAUGGAAAAAAUGUAACCCAUGAGUUCAACCUCAACCAGUAUUCAUCAACAGAAGAAGUGCUUGUUGCAGCUAAGAAAAUAGGUCAGAGAGGCGGCCUCCAGACUAUGACAGCCCUUGGAAUAGACACAGCAAGAAAAGAGGCUUUCACUGAAGCCCGAGGUGCACGAAGAGGGGUUAAAAAAGUCAUGGUCAUUGUGACGGAUGGAGAAUCUCAUGACAACCACAGACUGAAUAAGGUCAUCCAAGACUGUGAAGAUGAAAACAUUCAGCGAUUUGCCAUAGCUAUUCUUGGCAGCUAUAACCGAGAAAAUUUAAGCACUCAGAAGUUUAUAGAUGAAAUAAAAUCAAUUGCAAGUGAACCCACUGAGAAGCAUUUCUUCAAUGUCUCUGAUGAAUUUGCUUUAUUCACUAUUGUUGAAACUCUGGGAGAAAGAAUUUUUGCCCUGGAAGCUACUGUUGAUCAAUCAACAGCUUCAUUCGAAAUGGAAAUGUCUCAGACUGGCUUCAGUGCUCAUUACUCACAGGAUUGGGUCAUGCUUGGAGCAGUAGGAGCCUAUGACUGGAACGGGACCGUCGUCAUGCAGAAGGCUAAUCAAAUUGUCAUCCCCCAAAACAUAACCUUUAAUGUGGAGGCUACCAAAAGGAAUGAACCUCUUGCUUCCUAUUUAGGUUACACAGUAAACUCAGCCACUGUUUCUGGAGAUGUCUUCUAUAUUGCUGGACAGCCGAGGUACAAUCACACAGGCCAGGUCAUUAUCUACAGGAUGGAAGACGGGGACAUCAAGAUUCUCCAGACACUCAACGGAGAGCAGAUCGGUUCUUACUUUGGCAGUGUUUUAACAACGAUUGACAUCGAUAAAGAUUCAAAUACUGACAUUCUUCUGGUCGGCGCUCCCAUGUACAUGGGCACAGAGAAAGAAGAACAAGGAAAAGUGUAUGUGUAUGCCCUGAAUCAGACAGUGUUCGAGUAUCAGAUGAGCCUGGAACCUAUUAAGCAGACUUGCUGUUCAUCCCUGAAGCACGAUUCAUGCACAAAGGAAAACACCAACGAGCCAUGCGGGGCUCGCUUUGGAACAGCCAUUGCUGCUGUAAAAGACCUCAAUCUUGACGGAUUUAAUGACCUCGUGAUAGGAGCGCCCCUGGAAGAUGAUCACAGGGGUGCUGUGUAUAUUUAUCAUGGAAAUGGCAAGACCAUAAGGAAAGAGUAUGCACAACGUAUUCCAUCGGGUGGAGAUGGCAAGAAACUGAAAUUUUUUGGGCAAUCUAUCCACGGAGAGAUGGAUUUAAACGGUGACGGGCUGACCGAUGUGACGAUCGGGGGCUUAGGUGGUGCUGCCCUCUUCUGGUCCCGAGAUGUGGCUGUUGUUAAAGGAACCAUGAAUUUUGAACCCAAUAAGGUGAAUAUUCAGAAGAAAAACUGUCGUGUGGAUGAAAAGGAAACAGUGUGUAUAAAUGCUACAGUGUGUUUUGAUGUGAAGUUAAGGUCCAAAGAAGAAAUUAUGUAUGAAGCUGAUUUGCGGUAUCGUGUUACACUAGAUUCACAAAGACAUAUAUCACGAAGUUUUUUCUCUGGAACUCAAGAAAGAAAGAUUCAAAGAAACAUCAUAGUCAAAAACUCAAAAUGCACUGAGCUCUCCUUCUACAUGUUGGACAAGCAUGACUUUCGGGACUCUGUGAGGAUAACUUUGGAUUUUAAUCUUACUGAUCCAGAAAAUGGACCUGUUCUUGAUGACUCUCUACCAAACUCAGUACAUGAAUAUAUUCCUUUUGCCAAAGAUUGUGGAAACAAGGAAAAAUGUAUCUCAGACCUUAGCUUAGAUGUAACCACAAUAGAAAAGAACCUGUUGAUGGUCAAGUCCCACAGUGAUAAGUUGAAUGUUAGCCUGAAAAUAAAAAAUAAAAAGGACAGUGCGUAUAACACCAGGACAACUGUGCACUAUUCACCAAAUCUAAUUUUCUCAGGAAUUGAGGGUAUUCAGAAAGACAGUUGUGAAUCUAAUCGUAAUAUCACAUGUAAAGUUGGAUAUCCUUUCCUGAAAAGAGGAGAAGAGGUGACUUUCAAAAUCUUGUUCCAAUUUAACACAUCAUGUCUCAUGGAAAAUGUGACUGUUCAUUUAAGUGUAACAAGUGACAGUGAAGAACCCCCUGAAGCCCUUUCUGACAAUGAGGUGAACAUUUCGAUCCCUGUGAAGUAUGAAGUCGGACUACAGUUUUACAGCUCUGCAAGUGAAUACCAUAUUUCCAUUGCGGCCAAUGAAACAGUCCCAGAAAUUAUUAAUUCUACUGAAGACAUUGGAAAUGAAAUUAACAUUGUCUACUUGAUUAAAAAAAGUGGACAUUUUCCAAUGCCAGAACUUAAAUUGUCCAUUUCAUUCCCCAACUUGACAUCAGAUGGUUACCCUGUGCUGUACCCAACUGGAUGGUCAUCUUCUGAUAAUGCAAACUGCAGACCCAGGAGCCUCCAGGAUCCUCUUGGAAUCAGUUCCAGGAAGAAAGUGGUCAUAUCCAAAUCUGAAGAUCUCAAACGAGGAACAAUUCUGGAUUGCAGUUCAUGUAAAUCUGCCACCAUCACAUGCAAUUUGAUGCCUUCUGACACAAGCCAAGUGAAUGUUUCACUUAUCUUAUGGAAACCAACUUUUAUAAAAGCACGUUUUUCCAGUUUAAAUCUUACUGUAAAAGCAGAACUUCAGAGUGAAAAUGCAUCCUUGGUUUUAAGUAGUGGCAAUAAAAAAAGAGAGCUAGCUAUUCAAAUAUCCAAAGAUGGGCUACCAGGCAGCGUGCCACUGUGGGUCAUCCUCUUGAGCGCUUUUGCUGGCUUAUUGCUGUUAAUGCUGCUUAUAUUAGCCUUGUGGAAGAUUGGAUUCUUCAAAAGACCACUAAAGAAGAAAAUGGAGAAAUGA